CAAUGUUUUCCCCUGAAAGUGACUGUUUGUCAGAAGUAUAGGAUUCCCUACGCGUAUACAACACUUCCAAACAAAUUCGGACAAACAGAUCAAUCAGAGAUAAAUCAACAACUGAUGGAUUACGAGCCCAUAAUAAGUCGCCAAAAUGCAACUCAACUGGACAUUCAGUACCGACGUGUCGGACUUUAUGUCGUGUAUACUGGCGUUCAUAAGAACCAAUUCUUAAAUAGAUAUGAUGAGAAACGGCUCACGACUGUACAUAAGAGGAAAGGCUGUAUAACGUGUCUGACUGUCUGUAUUCCCAAUUGUAAAUCCCAAACAUACAGAGACUCAGCUGAGAUG